UAAUGUUCAAUAACAAGUGCAUUUGAACCUAAUCAAUAUUCAUAUGUACAUUUACAAUUCUCAACAUGGGUGGCAAGGGUGGUGAUGGUGGUGCUAGCUACUGGAGGUGGCAAAGGAGGUGGAGGGGGGGUGGUAGUGGGAGAGGCUCAUCAAAAGGCGGUGGUGGAGGUUCUGGCAUGAUGGUAGCCACGGCCAGUGGUGGCUCAUCCUACAUCUCUGAGGGCAGUUUUGAGAGCAAUCCUCAAGGGUACUUUUCUGGUCUGCUUGGAAGUCGAAAGAGCAGCAAAUAAAAUUAUUGCGAUUAGACGCUUUAUGGUUUUCUUUGGUUUCCCUUUGGUCGAUUUAAUUAAUUUU